GUGAUUGGCUGAGCCGGUGAUGUUGCAGGAAGCAGAGACACAGCUGCUGCGAGCAUCUUCAAACUAUUUCACCCUUUAAAGCGAUAUAAAGAUGAUGCGAAAACCCCGAGCAACAACAUGCAAGGUGUCCCAGUACAAAGACAUGGAGGACUCCGACCUGUCCUUUACCCAGACGAUCAGUAGCGACGAGGACAGUGAUGAGUGGAGUCCAUCUGAGCCAAAGUCAAAAGCACCCAGCAAGACUGCCAGCGCCCCUGCUGAAGGGGAGAAGAAGGCAGCUGUCAAGAGAACUGUGAAACCGAAAGAACCAAAAGCGCCAAAAGAACCAAAAGCGCCAAAAGAACCAAAAGCACCCAAAGAACCAAAAGCUCCCAAAAUGCCUAAAGAGCCUAAGGCUGUUAAGCCGAGGGCACCGCGCAAACCAGCAGCAGAGCGAAAAACACGGGUUCCUGCAGCGCUCAAGGAUUCUGGUGGAUCCGGGUUGGCUGGAACGAAGAGGAAAAAGGUUGAUAAGGCUGGAGAAGUCAAAGGGGAAGAACAAACAGACGGCCCAGAGGGAUGGAGGGCUGAAGAAAGUGGGCCAAGUGUUAGUAUGAAAAAGGAGAGGGUGUCGUUUAUCGUGUCAGGAGCCAACGAGGCCGACAGGUGGGCAGAUGAGGGGCCUUCACUCGCUGGUCUCAAAGCAAAGAAAGAGGAAGUAGAGGAGGAGGAUUUCACAUUCGAUGAGCCCUCUCUAAAGAAGCAGAAGACCAGCGGUGCCUCCCUGGGACGACCGACUGCUUUACCACAUGCAGUCGCACAAGCUCUCAGGAAUGAGCUCAAUAUGAACUGGGACUUACAGGAGCUGGUGUCCGUCCUGACAUGUGUGGAGAAGUGGGUGUGUGUAAAUAUCAUUGGUCUGCUCCGUGAGGAGAACACGGUGCCGUUCAUGGUGCGCUACCGCAAAGAGAUGAUAAACCACAUGGAUGCUGAUGCUGUCCGGGACGUCCAGCUGGUAUAUGAGGAGUUAUGUACCCUGGCUAAGAAGACCCAGUCUGCGAUUCAGACCCUGAAGAAAGACGGAGUUUUGACGACCGAGUUGGAACAAAACUUGAGGAGCUGUCGAUCGGCUGAUGACCUGGAUCAUGUGUAUUCUCCCUAUAAAAAAGGAAGUAAGCUCACAAAGGCUCGCAAAGCCAAAGCACUUGGCCUUGAGGUGGCUGCCUCUGCUCUGAUGGAAACACCUCACACUCUGGAUUUACAGACAUGGGUAAAACCUGAUACUCAAGGUCUGUCCUCGGUGGAAGAAGUGGCUACAGGUGUGGAGCAUAUCUUGGCUGAUAUGAUCGCUAAAGACCCGGAGACACUCACCUAUGUAAAAACAUUGUGUGAGAACAGUUAUGUUUCCAUCCAGUCGUCUGUGUCCAAGUCCGCGCUGAAGGGAAAAGAGCAGGAGAAGACUGACCAGAGCCGACGAAAACCAGACAUCAACAAUUUCCAACUCUACGCUGACUUCACCAACAAAAUCCAAAGCAUCCAGGCUCAUCAGACCCUGGCAAUUAACCGAGGGGAGAGUCUGAAGAUUCUGACAGUGAAGGUGAACAUUUCCGACAGAGUGAAGACUGACUUCACUUGGUGGUGCAUCAACAACAGGUGGAGGCCGAAGACAUUUGCGAGACAAGAGCUUCAUGCAAUCAUCAAGAAUGCAGUGGAGGACUCUUAUAAAAGACUCAUUCUGCCUUUCCUGACUCGGAGUUACAGGACUAAGCUGACAGUUGCAGCAGAGAAGGAAUCAAUCGCUAUGUUUGUGCGGAACCUCCGCCAGCGGCUGCUGGUUUCUCCAAUCAGGGGUUGUACCGUCUUGGGGGUGGACCCUGGCUUUAGACACGGCUGUAAACUGGCUAUUCUCUCCCCCACUAGUCAGAUUCUCUAUACUGAUGUUGCAUACCUGCAUAAUGCAAACCAGCAAAAAGAAGCUGAAAAACUGCGCCACCUCAUGACCAAAUACAGUUGUACCAAGGUUGUCAUAGGUAAUGGGACAGCGUGCCGUGAGACCGAGUCCUUCUUUGCUGACCUCAUCUCCAGGCGCUACUUUCACCCCCUGGACGUGUCCUACUGUAUAACCAAUGAGGCAGGAUCCUCCAUCUAUAGUGUGAGUCCUGAGGCAAUCAAAGAGAUGCCAGACCUGGACCCCAACCUUAGGAGUGCAGUGUCCAUUGGAAGACGUGUCCAAGAUCCACUAGCUGAGCUUGUGAAGAUUGAUCCUAAACACAUAGGCAUCGGAACAUACCAGCAUGAUGUGUCAGCCGGAGCUCUGAAGGCGGCGCUGGACGGCGUGGUGCAGGAGUGUGUGAGCUUCGUGGGAGUGGACAUCAACAUCUGCUCCGAGAUCCUGAUGAGGCAUGUGGCAGGCCUGAACGUGGGCCGGGCGAAAAGCAUAGCCGAGUGGAGAGAGCAGAACGGCCCCUUCAUGAACAGGGAGCAGCUCACACUGGUGAAAGGCAUGGGGCCCAAGAGCUUCCAGCAGUGUGCCGGCUUCAUUAGGAUCAACCCACAGACCCUGCACAGUUUGAAAACCUCACCUCACCCUGAACCAUCAGUUCCAGAGAAACCAGCGACCAAGAAGGGCAAAGGAAAGACUUCAGUCAAUGUAUCAACCUCGUUUAACCCUCUGGACCAGACCUGUAUUCACCCCGAGUCCUACCAUGUGGCCCAAAGAUUUCUGUCCUUCGUGGGGGGGAGCGCAGACCAGAUCGGCACCGCGGGCCUGCGACAGUGUGUGGAGAGCAAGGUGAAGACCAGCAGUGCAGAGGAACUGGCCCGGACACUGGACACCACAGCCGAGACCCUCAAACUCAUCAUCGACGGCCUCUCGCAGCCCCCCGGGUUCGACAUACGACAAAACUUUGGGCAGGCGGACUUCAAGCGGGGCAUCGUGUCCAUGAGCGAUGUGCGGGUGGGUGCGGUGCUGACGGGCCGGGUGGACAACACCGCUCUGUUCGGGGCUUUCGUAGACAUCGGCGUGGGUCGCGCGGGCCUCAUCCACAAGAGCAAAAUCACACUGGACAAGCUGCCGGCGAAUCAGCGCCGCCGCAGCCUGGCUCUGGGCCCUGGACAGCGGGUGGAGGUCCGGGUCCUGGAUGUGGACCAUCAGAGGGGACGCAUCGGCCUGGACCUGAUCAGGGUUCUAGAAUAAAUGAAUUCAUAUUCAUUAUUGACAUUCUGUACCUGCAUUUUACUUUUGACCGGGAAUCGCACACACGGACCCUGCAGAUAACUUCAUGAUGAUGACAGUGACGGUUAUUCUUGGUUGAAUUGUAAGUGUUCAAUUCAAACAGUAGUUACAGUUUCCAUGUUAAUGAAUUGGAAACCUGAAGUUAUUCCCUCAGGUCACCCUCUCAACCUGAGUAGUACUACCUGUGCAUUGUUGACUUAGUGUUUUAUGAUACUGAACACUAAACUUUAUUCCUUAAUUUAGGGCGUAACCCUCUGGUAGGGCUCCACACACUGUCGGUCCAAUCAGUAGAAUAGACUGAGAUGCCAUGAAACCCGUUUAAUUAGCACUUAGCAGAACAGUGCUAAUACCUUUUGUUGUUGGUUUCAAAUAUGAAAUGAUACUUAGAUAUUAUUAACAUGAUUUAAUAGAUCAAUUGUAAUUGUUUUUUAUUGUGCUGUUGUUUACAGUUCAAUAAAAAUACACAUUUUGUGUUAUUCAAA